AUGUUUGCUGAAACAGCAGUAACCCAGCAAAAUCUCUCAUUACUAAAUAACCAGAAAGCGUAUUGGAAUGUUGCAAACGUUCAGCCAAUCCCCGAGAAGGGCGAGGCGAACAAUCCAGUGAAUUACCAACCAAUUGCGAUAUGCUUCGCGCUUUUCAAGGUUUUGGAGAACAUGGUUAAUCACCAUCUUGUGAGUUACUUGGAGUCUAAUGAUAUUCUUAGCGACCGUCCAACGAUAUUCCGCAGAAAUCGCUCCACGGGAGACUUGAUAGCAUUUCUGUCGGAACGUUGGGGUCGUUCCAUCUACCCGUUUGUUCUGGCAUGGGACGAUACAAAACUAAAACGUGAUGAGAAAUGCCCCUUUAAAGACACCGUAAAUCUGACAGGCUACGAGCCUUUGGAAAAUGGUUCAUAUGUCUAUUACGAUCAGCUUAUACCGAGAACAAAACUAUCAACCUAUAAUUACAAUCAAGGAUUUCGAAAUCAAGAGUGGGAAGUCGAUUCACAUGUGCGCGGCUGUGUUUGUGGAGAUACUCGAUAUUGUGUUAAAUUCUGCUGUGAACGCGGCGAGUUUCUAAACACUUUGUCUCAUCAAUGUGAGAGAAUAGCAGAGGAUUUGACAAUGUCUUUCAAUAUAAAUAUAACAACGGAGAAUUUGACAGAGAAAGAAGUGGAUAUCUACGAAUCAUUCAUACCCCAAGUGGGCAAGCCGUGUGAAGAGCCUAAAACUUUAGAAUCGAAUGAUCAUGAAUGGAUUUUAACGGAGGUUGGGGUAUUGUAUAUUCUACCAGAAGGUGUCCUAUUACCAACUGUCAGUUAUUGCAUAUCGCCAUUUUUGUAUGAAGACGUCAAUAAGUUUAAACUGACAACUUUAAGUUGCCCUAUACAACAUGGACUAGACUUGCCACUUCUUUUUAAUACAUAUGGCAUGGCAAUGUCUGUUUUGUUCCUGGUACCCACUGUUCUUACAUAUUGUUUAGUUGCGGAACUGAGACGAACUUUGCCUGCUAAAUUUUUAAUUUGCUACUUAAUAUCUUUGGCCGGAAGCUAUUCAAUAUUGAGCUUCGUCAAUCUUUCCGAUAUGGUAUUUGACGAUACCCAUUGUACAAUUAUUGGUUUUACUUGUUAUUUUUCCUUUAUGGCGGCCUUUUUGUGGUUAAAUGUUCUAUGCAUUGAUAUGUGGCUUAAUUUCAAAGAUUUCAAGGCUCCCGAGGGACCAUCUCAAAAUCUAUCCCGUUUCCUUUGGAAUUCGCUAUAUGCUUGGGGCACCGCUUUGCUUAUGACUAUGACAGCAUUUUGGUCUCAAUGGUCGGAUGUGAUUCCAGAAGAAUUCAAACCUGGCAUUGGUCGUGAAUAUUGUUGGCUUAAUACUGAACGAUGGUCAGCGGGCAUAUAUUUCUUUUGGCCAAAUUUGAUAAUAAUUAUAUUCAAUAUAGCAACAUUUGCAAAAGUGUCUUUAGGUAUCUACCAAACAUAUAGAAAUCUUGCAGAUGGAAUGAGGCAAAAGGUGACAUUUUUCAACGAGUAUGGCUUAGUUAUUUUAAGACUUUUCACUGUGUUGGGCAUAUCCUGGGUUAUAGACAUUAUAUCUUUUUCUCUUCGAAAUAGUAAAAUGGCUAAUAAUAUAUUAAUGUUGGCUGACUUUUGCAAUGCUAUGCAGGGUGUCAUAAUUUUCGCACUAUUCGUUCUCAAGCGAGAAGUGUAUGUGGCUAUCAAAAAUCUGUAA